CAACAACAGCCCACGACCAGCUGGUCCAGUGCAUCCAAAACACCAUCAAUUUCCCGAAGAGUGCAGGAAAAGCGUGGGGUUUUCUCCCCACCUUGACCCAUUUGCGGAUACACAAAACAUUUGCGAUUUCGCCCAAGUCAUGUUCUGAGCCACCUGAUGAUGCGGAGCCCAGAAUCGGACACUGAGCACUCGGAAUCGGACUCCAUCGGUUCCACGGACAGUCAGUCCAGUGGACUGGGAGGUGUGCGCCACCAGCGACGGAGCACCAGGCGCCCGGAUGUUUUCAGCCUGAAGGCCAUGUCGCCCAGACCCAAUGCCGGACCCGGCGGCUGGUUAUGUCUGCUGCUUCCGCUGGCCUUGGGCGUCCGCCUGUUGCACGCCCCGCCAAAAUGCAAGGAUCAGGCCAGGAUGCAGUCGAUCCUCACCGUUUCUGCCGGCGGCAUGGCCCUGGAGACCCUCUGCUUCUUCAUCUACGCCUUCGUGAAGACGGGCAUCUUGGUUAAAUGCCUGGUGAGCCUGCUGCCCGGAGUGGUCACCAGUCUGACCUUCUAUCUCCUAGUGGACACCUCUAUUAUCUUCGCUGUACUAGUUGGAUUCCUACUGACCUCCUCGUAUCAGCAAAUCUAUAUUUACACUCUGCGUGGCUUCGGGGGAUCCUUCACUUAUGGCGAGGCCUCUGUUUUCAUCCAGGGACUGGUGCUCUUCGCAAUGAGCGCCGUCCACCGACUGGGCGGAUUUUUCUGCGGCGGCUCCUGGCCAUCUGAUGAGUUUGAGAUCCUCAACAUGAUUAUGGUGAAUGCACUUUUUUGGCUACUGGUGUUCUGCCUGGCUCUCGUCUUGUUUCCAUCGCUUCGGAAGCCGUAUCGCUUUUACCUGUGGACGCUGCAGCUCCUGUUGGCUGUUACAUGCAUGCCGGUGACUCGUCCGCUUCCUCUCUUGGCCCUCAUCCAGUUUCUCCUCCGGGAUCAGGAUCGCCUCAGCAUCUUGGUCUUCUAUCUGCUGCUGGUUGUACUAACCUGCAUUACGGUGGCCUGGCAAAUUGGUAGCGCCUCGAAGGCCAACACGCGAGUACGGAAGAUCUUCCAUUUGCUAAUCGUGCUGGUCUAUAUCCCCGGAUUGGUCUUUGAGUGCGCCCUGCUGUACUUGGCAACUGGAGUGGCAUUGGCUGCCUUUGUGGUGCUGGAAAUUCUACGUCUCCUGAAGAUCCCUCCGUUGGCUGACAGACUCGCCGAUGCCUUCCGCUCCUUCAAAGAUGAAAAGGACGCCGGAGAACUGGCUUUGACUCCGUUCUGUCUGCUUAUCGGUUGCUCUAUGCCCAUUUGGAUGACCCCGUGUCCCUGUUCCGGAGACGAUACAUUGGCUUUGCUCUCGGGAAUACUGGCAGUGGGCGUAGGAGACACUGCAGCCAGUGUAGUGGGCUCGAAGCUGGGCCGCAAUAAGUGGGGAAGAUCCUCCCGCUCUUUAGAAGGCACCAUCGCCUUUGUGGUGUCUAUCCUUUUGGCCGUCUGGCUGUUGGAGAUUGGUGGCUUGGUAGCUAUGACCCAAGCCAAAUGGUUUGCCACCAUUUUCGCGGCAUUGAAUUCUGCUUUGGUGGAGGCCUUCACCGACCAGGUGGACAACCUGGUGCUGCCCCUAAUAUUCUAUACUAUUGUGGGCCUGGCCUAAUCAAUCUGCAAUUGGAUGUAAAUAAGUUAUGAUGUCCGCAUUCCUCGGUGUAUUUAUGUGUACAAUUCCUCGGUGUAGUUAAGCGUAGAGUUAGACCAUUGGUUAUACUUCAAUCAAUCAAAACGUUAAAUUUUAGAGUUUAAAAAACUCAAUAUUCAUCUUAA